AUGGUUAAAUAUAUCUUCACAAUUUUAGCAUUAGUAGCUAUUCCUCCCAUCAUCACAGCCACCCCAAUCAUCGUUGACAAACGAUCCAUCGAAACUUGUCAAUUUCCAUCGGGUUCUGGUCUCGUCGCAGUCUCAAAAUCUACCCUAAACGGAGGCUGGGCCAUGAGUCCAGAUGAACCAUGCACUCCUGGGAAAUAUUGCCCUUACGCCUGUCCGCCGGGACAAUUAAUGAAUCAAUGGGAUCCAGAUGCGAAGGCAUAUACAUAUCCUGCCUCCAUGAAUGGUGGUUUGAAAUGUGACAAAGAUGGGAAAGUCACCACUCCAUUCGGAGACAGGCCGUUAUGUGUAGAUGGAGAAGGUACUGUCAGUAUUGAUAAUAAGGCUGACAAGAAUGUCGCAUUUUGUCAAACUGUCCUACCUGGUAAUGAAGCAAUGUUGAUCCCAACAAAUUGUGCGGGUAAACUGACUCAGGUAUUAGCUGUUCCUGGUCCAAGUUAUUGGGCAAGUACCGGUGCUCAUUAUUAUAUUAAUGCACCAGGUAUUUCGACUACGGAUGCUUGUGUUUGGGGUACGAAAUCUGAGGCACAAGGAAAUUGGUCUCCAUAUGUUGCUGGUAUGAAUAUGGAUAAAUCAGGGAGUACUUUUGUUACAGUUGGUUGGAAUCCUAAAUAUCAAGAUGAUUUUAAUCAUGAAAAACCAAAUUUUGGUGUUAGAAUUACUUGCGAUAAGAAGGAUGCAUGUUUUGGAUUACCUUGUGAGAUUCAACCUGAUAGUGGGAAGAGUUUGUUUUGUGUUGUUACUGCUACUAAGAACGCAAAGGCUAAAAUUGAAGUCUUUGAUGUUUAG